UGUCAACAGUAUCAUACUACUUUCAUGCAGGUUGCUCUACUUACACUGUACAGUGUCCAGAGUCGAUCAUCCUAUAGCGGUGGUUUACUUUCCUGGUGGAAGAUACCAUUGCACCAGCACCCAAUACACUUUCAUGGGCAUGCCUUCGAUGUCGUACAGAGCGCAUGCAACGCAACCUUAAUUACGCGAACCCUGUUCGUCGCGACGUAGUAAAUGCCAGCGGCAAUGGAGAACAAAUGGUGAUAAGAUGGACGACCGACAACUCUGGCCCCUGGUUCUUGCAUUGUCAUAUUGACUGGCACCUCGAUGCAGGUUUCGCCGUGAUAAUGGCGGAAAGUCCUUCGGACACCCGCGCACAGUUGAAUCUCAUGCCACAUGAUUGGGAUCAGUUAUGUCCGAUCUUCGACUCUCUAUCACCCUCGCAGUUGGGGGGCGGGGUCGCAAGUCCUAUGAAGAAGCAGCUUACUAAUACUACGGAAGUGUCUUCCGAGUCCGUCAUGGUGCAGGCAAUGCGACGGGCACAUGUCUCCAACCGAAACCUAUACGUGCAGAAUGCAACAACAAACCAAUGUCACAUUGCCGUGUAUUCAAUAAGAAGACCACCAGUAUAGCCACAUCAUGGACAUCAUUGCAGUUCCUGGUGUAUAACAGCUGUCGCCCACAGGUGCUCGCUACUAGUGACUACAAUUGAUGCACAAGUUGCGGCGCGCGUGGAGACUCGAUUCAGUAAAACAUACUUUGAUCCUAAUUUGUCGGCAAAUAACCCGCUCGACGCAUCAUGAUUGCGCUCGCCCACUCUGCUCCCCCCGCGUACUGGUUGACCAACGAACAAGAUCGAUCAUGCCACGCCUCAAAUC